AUGGAACGGCCUUUACUUUUGUAUAUAUUUUUAUUCUACUGGAAUUUCCUCAAUGCUUUAUUCACUGUUGAAGCUCCUCAGUCACUCUACAUUGUGGAACAUGGGAACAAUGUGACCAUGGAAUGCACAUUUCCAGUGAAUGGGAAAUUAAAGUUUGGAGAUUUAAAUGUCAGCUGGGAAAAAAAAGAUGAGUUAAAGAAGCUGGUUUAUGUACUUGUCAGAGGAAAGGAAGACUUGAAAGGUCAGCACAGUGACUUUAAGGGAAGAAUAAAAUUGCUGAAAGAGAAUCUGAACUUGGGACAGUCUCUCCUUCAGAUCACUGAUGUGAAACUCAGAGAUGCAGGGACCUACCACUGUAUUAUUGGCUAUAGGGGAGCUGAUUACAAGACAAUCCACCUGAAAGUUAAGGCUCCUUACAGAACUAUAACCCAAAGAGUGGUGAGCACAGGACACAAUGAAUGGAAGUUGACAUGCCAGUCUGAAGGAUACCCAGAAGCUGAAGUGAUAUGGCAAAAUGGAGACUAUGAAGAUUUGACUGAUAAGGCAAACACAAGUUAUCAAACUGGAAGGGACCAGUUGUAUCAUGUGACAAGUACCCUUACAAUCAAAAGCAGAAUUGAUGAGAUAUUUUACUGUAUAUUCUGGAAUAAAGAGCUGCAAGAAAAUACAUCUGCCAUUUUACACAUAGCAGAUGCACCUGAUGGCAUUCUGUGGACCGAGAGCAGACGCUUUGUUGGAGCAACUCUCAUUACUACCACUUUUGUUGGAUCAGGGCUUCUAUUUAUGUUCUGCAUAAGAAAAGCUAGAGCAAAUAAGGACAACAGAACAUCUGUCUUGAGUUCAUCAAUAACAAGUCUGUCAAAAGAUAAGGAUACACAUGACUGCAGAGAUGCUUCUUUUGAAGACAGAGAGCUGAAAUAUAUGCAAAUUGAGAAGACCUAGACAGAGAAAGCAGGGGGAGAAUUUUUUCCUCUGUGGAGAAGACUUGACAGCUCAGAUAUUCUAUGUUCUAUCUAUUGAAGGGGAUAUUAAUUUUUUGUUUUUAUUGUGUGAUGGCGAUCUUCUAAUUGUUGUAACUUGGGAAAAAUGCAAUGAAGUUAAAAUAAUUAUAACAUAAAAAGUCCUUGCAUUCAGGUGUCUGUAUAUGGAACUAGAUA